UCCGGCAAAAGCGGACAUCUUGUGAAGUAAAUGCGGAGUAGGCAAGCGAAGGGGAAACGGGAACGGGGAAGUGGAGAGUUUCAGCAGAUACAUUUAGAUGUUUUGCUAGCACCGGAAGCAUAAUUAGGCAAAGUUGAGAAGCAAAUAAAAUUACGGAACGGUGGCUGCAUUUUGGACGCUGUGCAUCGGGUGACGUCACUGCAAAGCGGGGUCUAUUUUUUUAUUCGGCUGGAAAUUUCAACUCGGAACAGAUUAGCUAGCUGCGUCAGCUAGCUAUCUAGCUAACGGUAGCUUUUAUCGCUAAUCCUCGGCGGAAAAAAAGAGAAUGGCGCUUAAACGAAUUCACAAGAGAGGCUGCACUCAUGAUGGCCACCUGAAACACAGCCACACAAAGCAGAGUUAAGCAUCUUGCCCAGCUGAGGGCAGGUGUGCUUAAACAUGGAAGGACAGAGGUGCCAGGCAAGUCCUAGCAAAGCAUAAAGACCAAAAGCCACAAAGAUCCCCAAAGCAGGCCGUUAGGAUGGUGCUGAGUCUAACGGAGCUGAAUGAUUUGGCCCGUGAUCCACCGGCACAGUGUUCGGCAGGCCCAGUUGGCGAUGACAUGUUUCACUGGCAGGCAACAAUCAUGGGACCUAACGACAGUCCGUAUCAGGGUGGCGUUUUCUUCUUGACAAUUCAUUUUCCUACUGACUACCCUUUCAAACCCCCUAAGGUUGCGUUUACCACAAGAAUUUACCAUCCAAAUAUUAACAGUAAUGGCAGCAUCUGCCUGGAUAUUUUAAGAUCCCAAUGGUCUCCGGCCUUAACUAUUUCUAAAGUUCUGUUGUCCAUUUGUUCCCUCCUAUGCGACCCAAACCCCGACGAUCCACUAGUGCCGGAGAUAGCGCGUAUCUACAAAACAGAUAAUGAAAAGUACAACAGGCUAGCGAGGGAAUGGACGGAAAAGUAUGCCUCGCUUUAGGGUACAACAGAAUAGCUCGGGAAUGGACCCAGAAGUAUGCCAUGUGAUGCUGUCUAGCGGGAGUUGGGACAAGCUGCAUUAUAGCUGGAAUAAACUUCAAAUUACUGGUUUGUUUCUUUUUCAUUUUUCUUUUGCUGCUCCCUCAUAUCAGGCCAUAUCUCCUGCUGGUUUUUUUUUUUGCCCCCACGUCCAUCCACUCGCUCUUAAGAGAAGACCAGACCGCACCCUCAGCUCUGGACCCGACAGCAAAGCAUGUCAGCAAACGGUCACUCGGCUACGAGGCGCUUGCAGCGCGGGUUGAAGACGCCGCCGCAGGUGGGAGCCACGCCCCCACUGCCCCCUCCUUUUCAGGAUCCCCCUCACUGCUGGGAUGGCGGUCAUCCCCCCCCCCCUCCCCCCCCCCCUCCCUAGAAGCAUUUCUGAUGGCAUUUUGAAAGACGGGGCCUCUGAGCAUGUAUCUUAUGCACAUAACGGACUGUGUGGAGGAGAGCUGUAGAGGGGCCGUACCAGCACCGAAACAGGAGUGCCGUAUUUUAUGCAUGUUAAUAAAUAACUCCUUCAAUAUUCUGCUGACCGCGGGAAUUUUGGGAGGUUUGGGGUAAACGCAUUAGGGCCAGAACUUUCGUUUUUGUUUUGCAUUUUUUUGGUUUUGUUUUUAGGAGUGAGCUAUUGGUUAAUCAAUCUUCCACAACACUGUUCCCUUCUAGCACUGAAUCUGUGAUGCAAAGCUCUCAAUGGUUGACCGAUCAACUAAUAGCUCUGCUAGAUAUUUUAUUUUCCUUAAUAAAGUUGCGUAAACUGA